GGGACAGGUAUGGGGAGAGGGAACAAGGAUAGGAACAGGGAGCAAAGACAGGGACAGGAGAAAGGGGCAAGAAACAGGGACAGGGAUGGAGACAGGGACACAGGGGCGAGGGAUGGGGACAGGAACAGGGACAGAGAAGGGGACCCUCGCCCCUCAGCCCCAUCCUUCGCAGGCCCUGGGGGCUGGUGGAGGGAGACAAAGGCGGUGGGAGGCAACAGUGUGUCCCACCCCCACCCUCUCGUCCCCGCAUGUCCCCAUUGUCCGUGGCCGGGGGGGCGGGGGGGGACACGGUGGGAGGGACCGAGGACCCCACACUGCCGUGAUGCCCGGGGCGCCCGGCGCUGCCGGCGGCUCGGGGGGCUCCGGGGGGGCUCCGGGCGCGGCCGGGUGGAGCGGCCCCCUCCCCCCCGCAACUGCCUGCCUUCCUCCCCCUCCUCCUCCUCCUCCUCCUCCUCCUCCCCCCCCCUCCCCUCCUUCUUCCACCACCUCCUCCUCCUCCUCCUCCUCGCCGCCCUGCUGCCUGCCUGCCUCCCCGCCCCUUGCACUCGGCUCCCCGCUCCUCGCCGCCCGCACAGCCGGGGCCGGAGCGCCGGGAGCAGCGCGGGGCCGGGGCGGGGCGGGGCGGGGGGGGGGGGGCCGGUGCCGGGGCCGGUGGCGGUGCCGGUACCGGAGCUGUCCAGUGCUGAGGGCGCCGGCCCGGCCCCGCCAUGCCCCGCUCCUUCCUGGUGAAGAAGCUGAAGGCGGAGGCGUUCCCGGCCACCGGAGCCCCCGCGCCCCCCUACGCCCCCCUGGAACCCCCCUACGCGCUGCCUGGCCCCGCCGCCGGCGAUGGGUACCUCCAGCACUGCCUGGCACCCGGUGGCUACGACACCGACAAGAAGCAGGGUCUGCCACCGCCGCCACCGGACCCAGCCUACGCCCCCGGUCACGAGGAGUACAGUGACCCCGAGAGUCCCCAGUCCAGCUUUUCUGCCCGCUACUUCAACGGGGAGGCGGCGGUGACGGACAGCUACUCCAUGGACGCCUUCUUCAUCACAGACGGGCGGUCACGCCGGCGCAGCGAGAGCCAGCGCCGUGGCAGCCACCGUCACUCCUGUCCCGAGUGUGGCAAGACCUAUGCCACCUCCUCCAACCUCAGCCGGCACAAGCAGACCCACCGCAGCCUGGACAGCAAGAUGGCGAGGAAAUGCCCCACCUGCGGCAAGGCUUACGUCUCCAUGCCCGCCCUGGCCAUGCACGUCCUCACCCACAACCUCAAGCACAAGUGCGACGUGUGCGGCAAAGCCUUCAGCCGUCCCUGGCUGCUGCAGGGCCACAUGCGGUCGCACACCGGGGAGAAGCCCUUCGGCUGCUCCCACUGCGGGAAAGCUUUCGCUGACCGCUCCAACCUGCGUGCCCACAUGCAGACCCACUCCGCCUUCAAGCACUACAAGUGCAAGCAGUGCGAGAAGACCUUCGCUCUCAAGUCGUACCUCAACAAGCACUACGAGUCCGCCUGCUUCAAGGGCUCCGAACACAGCUGUGCAAUAGGGAACUAGCCCGCCAGCCCCCUGUGGCGCAUCCCCCCCUCGGUCCCUGUCCACAUCCCUGUUGCCAUCCAUGUCCUCAUUCCCAUCCUCAUCCCUGUCCCCAUCACCAUUCCCAUCCCUAUUGCCAUGCCUGUCCCCAUUCCCAUCCCCAUCCCUAUUGCCCUCCCUGUCCCCAUCCCUGUCCCUGUCCCCAUCCCAGUCCUGGUCCCUGCGCCAGCUCUCCUGCAGCUGCAGCCAGCCGGUUUGUGGCUGCGCCGUGGCUGGAGGACACAUCCCCACAGACUCACUCCCCACCCGGGAGGAGGGUGCCCCAGCGCUCCCUGGGAAGGGCUGGAUGCAGCCGGACCCACAGCAGGACCCGGUUCCUUGCCCGCGGGUCCCCGAGCCCCCCCGCAGCCAGGCAGGUCUCUCUGCGGGGGACUCACCCGGGGACCUCUUCCAGACCCAGGAGAGACUUUCCCCCCCACCUCGUGAUGUUCACCUCUAUUUAUUUAAUUUAUUACUAUUAUUUAUUUAGAGCUGCUGCUUCUCCUCCCGGGGGAUCCCGGGAGAGAAAAGACACUUUUCUGCUCCCCCCAGGAGCAAAACCUCACCUUGACCCUGACACUGAUGGGACCAUGGGCUGGUGCUACUGAUGGCUCAGCAGGACUGACGGACGGUGCGGCUGAUGGGAGGGCAGGGCUGUCAGUCACCCUUGGAGGCUGGGGUCCCUGCAGCCCACCGCCCAGGCCCUGGGGCACCCUGAUGCCCCCCUGCCCAGCACGGUCCCAUGGGACAUGGCCUCAUGGCACGGUGCUCACCCUGGCACUGCAGCUGCACAGCCCCGGAGUCAGGGGAAGAGUGAGGGGCUCCCAGCAGAGACCCGCGGGACACGUCCCGCGCCAGCUCCGGGCUCUGCCGGGCGUGACUGGCCCCUGCCAUGGUGAUGGGCUGGGGAACAGCCCCCCCCGGGCAGGUGCAGCCCCCUUCACCCUGCAAACGGCCAGGCUGGUGGCUGGGCUGGAGACCCAGCCCUGGGGCAGCACCGAGACCCCAACCACCCGCCACGCACCCCCAGCCUCUGCCCAGCCCCCUCCCCAGCCGGCUCCCGGCCCCCUCGCCAUCGUCCUCCGCCUGCGGUCAGGAUGAGGGGGGUCAGUGUAGCCGUAUAGUUUGGGUGAGUCUAUUUAAAUGUUCUUAUUUAUAUUAUUUAUAACUUAUGCUUUUCACUAUUUAUUUGCCAAGACUGGCAGGGCCGUGCCAGUGCCGGCUUGCAGGAGGUGGCAGAGCUGCAGCAGAGCCACCGUGCCCAGGACACAGCCGCGGUGACAAGGAUGGGGACAGGACCCCGAGAGCGGACCGGGCACAGAGGCAGGAGGGGACGAGCUGGCCCAGCAGCCCAGGCUCUGCACCCUGCAAGCCUCCCCCAAAGGCAAAGCCCUUCUCCUUCGUCUUCCUCGCUGCCACAGGCUCCUGCUCUGCUCCCUGCCCCACACCAGCCCGGUGGGGACAAACCAGCCAUUCUAUGCAACCUCCCGGCAGAGCAUCCCCGCACCGGCCCCGGCGCGAGCGCCGUGCGCACGGCAUCCCGGAGCGGGGCCCGACCCACGCCUCCGCUUCCUACCUCGGGCCGCGAGCUGCCACGGCCCCAUCACCCAGUGCCGGUCCCUGACACCUUCGGGGUUCAGCCCGGCACCCCACGGGGAUGCAUUCGCGUACCCCCACACUGUCUUCCUGUGCCGUCUUCCUCCCUGCACCGUCUUCCUCCCGCCACCUCGGUGCCUGCAUUGCCACGGUCGCGGCUCACGGGCUCGACGCCUCCCAGGGACAUCCUUGUCACGGUCCUCGCUGCCGUGGCAUGGUGGUCACGCACCCGCACCCCGGCCACGCAGGCACUCCACCAGCGAGGACGCAGCGGUUCAGGCUCUCCCCGCGAUGCCAGCGCCUUUCCGUGGCAGCACCGCGUCCCUUGGCCGGGCAGGCAUGGAGCGCCGCGCCUCUGCCCCUGUCUAUACUGUAAAUAGCAGAUACUACAGCAAUAAUUUUCCGUGCAUGAUAGAUUUUUUCUGCCAGGUUUUGUACUCGCCAGCCCCCAGUAAGAUAAGUCUACUGAGAACCGGCCGCCCGCAGUAUUACUUGUAAUGCAAUUCAGGGAUAUAAAAGGGAUUUC